UUUUUGGUAAAAUAAAAUGCUGUACAACAGAGCUUCACAGUAUUAAGGAAAACAUUAAUGAAAAAUAUCUGAUUACCUGUGACACAAGGCUGCUUGCGUUUAUGAUAUUGCUUACAGAUGAUAAUAAUAUUAAUAAUAAUAAUAGUAUAACCAUUUAAUAAUACUUAAUUGUUAUUAUGGGUAUUAUUGCUACUUAAUUAAAUUAUUGCUACUUUUGGAAUAUUACAUUAGUUAUAUUUUUCUUUCUUCAAUUUCACACAUCCAUUUGAAUAGGGCUUUCAUGUUAGCGGGACUUUUAUUUUGACAGACCUUUGACUUCUUCCUGUUUUUCAGGUUAGUUAUAUCAAGCUUCCCAUUAAUGCUGGGAUACUCCCGUCGCGACUCUCGAGCUGAAAUAUCCGAGCUGCACGCAAGGAGUUCAUUUAAGUGUUAACAGCCGAUUAUACUCUAAACACACUGCAUGAAAAUUAAGCACCAGUAGUGAGUGUUGCGUGUGUGUGUGAAUCAUAUGACAGAGCAUCUUGUUUAUUCUGUCACGUGCUGCCCUGUUCCCUAUUUAAUUAAACUACAUCCAUCUGCUGUUUAAUGAUCACACUUUGCCAUAUCCAGAGGUUUUUUAUUUUAUUUUCAAAUAAUCAUUGAUUUCAUCUCAAAUUUGGCACAUCUCAUAUAAUUUUGCUAAUUACAGCAUUAUGUAAUAGGGUACCGAUAUUAGCAACAAGAUGAUAUCGUACAGUUUCAGCUUUUUUGGUAUCACAGUACUUCAUUAGUACCGGUAAACUGUACAACCCUACUGUACAUCUACUGCAUGCGAUUAUCUAAUCAGCCAAUUUUGUGGCAGCAGUGCAGUGCAUAAAAUUAUGCAGAUACAGGUCAGGAGCUUCAGUUAAUAUUCAUAUAACCAUCAUAAUGGGGAAAAAAUGUGAUCUCAGUGAUUUAGGCCGUGGCAUGAUUGUUGGUGCCAGAUGGGCUGGUUUGAGUAUUUCUGUAACUGCUGAUCUCCUGGAAUUUUCACACACAACAGACUCUAGAAUCUUCUCAGAAUGGUGCCAAAAACAAAAAACAUCCAGUGAGCGGCAGUUGUGUGGACAGAAAUGCCUUGUUGAGAGGUCAGCAGAGAAUGGCCAGACUGGUUUGACCUGACAAAGUCUACAGUAACUCAGAUAACCGCUCUGUACAAUUGUAAUGAGAAGAAUAUCAUCUCAGAAUGCUAUACUGAGAUGCGGGUUAGGGCUGUUUUGGCGACACGAGGGGGACCUACACAAUAUUAGGCAGGUAGUUUUAAUAUUGUGGCUGAUUGGUGUAGUGUGAUUUUAAUGUGAUCACUUGUUUAUUCAUCAAGAUGGUCAUAUUUUAAUCAUAGUUUUGAAGAUUUCACAACAAAUAAGACACUGUAAUUAUUAUUAUUGUAAUUAUUUACUUCUGACUCAGAACCUUGUGCUCGAGAAAAACUUACUGUGUGAAAACUAGCCGCGGUCUCCCUUAUCUAUUUUGUGGUUCACAACUUGUGGAAAAUUAAUCAUAAAAAACAUUCUGAAUAACUAAAGGCAUCUCAACGCUUCAAACUUACAAAUAUGGUAAUUAUACAUUAAUAACAACUUUAUUUAAAAACAUACUGUGUAUGCUAACAUCUGUACCUCCUCACAAAAUGUGAAAACUUUUCUUUUAAGACAGUGAGAAUGAUAAUAAGUCUAACCCACCAGUCUGAGUCAAUUACUGGCAUAUGCACAGAAGUGUUUUCCCUGCUGUGUGUAAGAGAUUUGCAUGAGUGUGGUGUGGACCCUGCUUUAGCUUUGAUGCACCACUACAGUCUUCUCAGUGGCAGGAAGUGACAGAUCUGCUGUCGCUAAUAACCCUUAGCCCCUCGAUUCUGUUUGCUUCAUAGAAACAUGCUUAUCUCUUAAAAGAGAGGAAAAGUGUGUAGUGGAAAAAAACGUGCUGUGUGAUAGUUGGUGUGACAUGCACAGAUGUUUAUCUUUUAUCUUUGCGUCUUCCCUUUUACACCAUUUUAAAGUGCUGAGUGUGAUGCUUAGACUGACUUAUGUUUCUUAUGCUUCGUAUGACCACUUAAAAUGAUUCUUGGAGGGAGUAGAGUUGAAAAUGACACUAUUGGUGUGGGUAGACAAUGUAAUUUAACCUUCCAAUGAAAAGGUCAGUGUGGGAGUGUGUGAUGUGGCAAUUGUAGGAGGAUGAGGCAGAAGAUUGCCAAGUUCCUAUUUCAGUUUAUUAUGACAUAAUAGUGUAGUAAAAUGAUACUACUGAAUAUAUAGUAUACAGAUCCUUAUUCUUAGCUUUUCAGUUAGUCAGUCAUUGCUCAAGAGCUGAUGUCUGUAAAUGAUACACAGAGUGUUUACUGUAGAUUCUAUAGAGACAAAAUAUUGAUGAUACUCAUGAGUGAUUCAGUGAGACAAUGAAAGAUGCAUUAUUGGAUUUUGCCAAUUGUGGAUGUUUAAAUUAAAUGCUACUUUAUAUAAAUUAUGGAGACAGUCCCUCUUAUUGAGUAACUUCAAGUAUUUUGUUAGCUCAGUGGUAGAAAAUUGUGAGGCUGCCACAAGCAAGCUAAUUUGCUGCUAAGCUAUAUCCCAUUGAAAUGUAAUGGAACUCUUCUCAGGUAAGUUGAAGAUUGGUUACAUCCACUUAGUCUCUCAAGAGCAUCCAUGGUACCCAUUCCAUGGAUAAUAAGUUGUUAAAGGAAUAUUCUGAGUUCAAUUCAAGCUAAGGUCAAUUGACAGCUUUUGUAACAUAAUGUUGACUACUACAAAGAUGAAUUCUGACUUGUCCCUUCUUUUCUUUAAAAAUGGCAAAAAUCUUGGUUACAUACUCACCGAUGAUGACAUGUGGUUUUAAAAAGUUUUAACAUGCAAAUGCCUUGAUAAGUAAACUGAAAUAGAGUAGCUACGCCUUAGCACAUCAUGGAAUUUGAGAUUACAGUCAGAGAUUAUUUAGCAGAGAUGGGCCACUUCUAUUACCAAGAAGCUCUGAGCGCCCAUGAUCAAGAGAAAUAGAAAGGAGUCCCACCUUACAGUUAAAAGAGCCAGUCACCUUAUAGACAUAAGACAUCACCUGUCAAUCAACUCUAGAACGUGCUUCGGUAUUAGCUAUACAAGUGGGGAAAUUUCGUUUUUUAGUGUUAUAUGAGGUAAAGAUGCACAAUUUAUGAUUCCAGUGUUGUCAGAUUUUACUGCUGAUUUGAAAUGUGUUCUUUGAUCGUAAUCUUGACCAACCAUUUUUUUAAAUUUUGGUCUUUCCCCAUUCAAGUAGAUAGGCACUGGCAUGACUUCAGGUUGUCCGGAUUCUUUUAAAUAUAGCUUUGUUUGUCAAGUUUUGCAUCGCUCAAAGGUUAGGGUACACAAUGAGUCUUGUAAAAAUUGACCUUUUAUGUUCAAAACAAUUUCAUUGUUCUUUCAAGUAAACUUAAUGACUGAAUGAUAACAUAAAUGUCUUUUGUUUGGGUAUUUUUCUCUGCGUAAAAAUCACAAGAAGCUUGGAGUCAUGUACUGGGACGAUGACUUGGUAAGCACCUGAUUUUUGAAAAUUAAGGAAACUUAGGUUAUUGCCAAAAGAAAGGAAAUAUAAACACAAAAAUAUGAGGAAGUUAUAAUUGCUACAUUGUGCCACAGAGAUCACAGGGUGUUAGGUGAUGCUGAGGAGUCAUUUGGCCAGGAAGUCAUAAUUGCUACAUUGUGCCACAGAGUUGACAUGGUAUUAGGUGAUGCUGAGGAGUCAUUUGGCCAGUGUCUGUCUGUCUGUCUAUCUAUCUAUAUAUCUACUAACUGUCUGUCUGUCUAUCUAUCUAUCUAUCUAUCUAUCUAUCUAUCUAUCUAUCUAUCUAUCUAUCUAUCUAUCUAUCUACUGACUGUCUGUCUGUCUGUCUAUCUAUCUAUCUAUCUAUCUAUCUAUCUAUCUAUCUGUCUAUCUAUCUAUCUAUCUAUCUAUCUAUCUAUCUAUCUAUCUGUCUGUUUGUCUAUCUAUAUACCGUCUGUCUGUCUAUCUAUCUAUCUAUUUACCGACUGUCUGUCUGUCUGUCUAUCUAUCUAUCUAUCUAUCUAUCUAUCUAUCUGUCUGUCUGUUUGUCUAUCUAUCUACCGUCUGUCUGUCUGUCUGUCUGUCUGUCUGUCUAUCUAUCUAUCUAUCUAUCUAUCUAUCUACCGACUGUCUGUCUGUCUGUCUGUCUGUCUAUCUAUCUAUCUGUCUGUCUGUCUGUCUAUCUAUCUAUCUAUCUAUCUAUCUAUCUAUCUAUCUAUCUAUCUAUCUAUCUGUCUGUCUGUCUGUCUGUCUGUCUGUCUGUCUGUCUGUCAUAAAGUUUACCAUUAAGCAUUCAUAGUUUACCGUUCACAUCAGCAUCAAACAGAACCUUAUUUUUUCCUGUUUUGAAAUGUUCUUUAAUCCGUCAUAUCUAAACAACACAAAGCGCGAGAUAAGUGUGAGGAAACGCACACGCGGCCACUAAGGUUGAUACAAAUAAAGAGAACAGGUUAACAGAGAGAAGUAACCUAUAGAAGAGAGAGAGAGAGAGAGAGAGAGAGAGAGAGAGAGAGAGAGAGAGAGAGAGAGAGAGAGAGAGAGAGAGAGAGAGAGAGAGAGAGAGAGAGAGAGAGAGAGAGAGAGAGAGCAUAAUGCGGAGUUUACAGUGUCGCUAUAGCUCAGCGGUUGGUGUUAAUGCAGUUACAUGUUUCUGACAUGAGUGUAGGUCGGAGAAAAAAAAGUUUUCUCUCAAAACACGCCCAAUUUGACGUCAGCAAAUGAGAUUUGUGUGAUCUUUAAAUCUUGAGCGAUUGGAAAUUCUCAUCAUAGUGCGUGUUUCCUUUGAGUCACGACCACUACACUGAAAACACAAGUAAGUGAUUAUAUAUUUGUGCUCAAUUCAUUGAUCUGAAUCCUAUUUUAAUUAUUUUAACGUAUUAAAAAUGUUACGCUGCAUUUAAAUAUUUUGCUUUUGCAUUUCUAUAAAUGUGUAUGGAAAGAUUGAUAUGCACUGUAAAUUGACUUAAGUAUAUAUUGGAAAUUAUUAUAUUAUUAACAUAUUAAUAUUAAUUCAUUUAGAUUUACUUUUUUAUUUAGUUGGUCAAUUGUUUUAUUUUUUCUAUAGGGAGACAUGCUGGUAGCUGUCCAGAGACUGUGUUUUAUCUUGCUCUUUGCCAGUCUAGAGCCCUAUAGUGAAGGUGCUAACACUGGCUGUGAUGCCUGGAGUCUGACUAUUCUACAAGAUGUCUGCUGCACAAAAUGCAAGCCAGGAAACCGCUUGGUGGACAGAUGUGGAAGAGACCCAGAAUUACUCUGUACCCCCUGUGAACCUGACAGUUACACAACCGAUCCUAUAAGCCCUUUCUGUCAUAAAUGUACACAGUGCAUAGGUAUACAGUUUACGCUGAAACCUUGCAAUAUCAGCAGCGACACUGUGUGCGGAUGUGAGAAGGGUUAUCGUUGUGGAAACAAAGAAUGUUCUUUCUGUGUUACGGAAUGCAGGAAGGGACAGGAGCCCGACAAAUUCCGAUCAUGCAGAAAUUGUUCACACGGAACAUUCAAUGACAGAAUCCACAGUAUGUGCAAACCAUGGAGAGAAAGUUGUCCAGAGGGACAGAUUUUGGUGACCAAAGGAGAUGCAUUAAAGGACCAUGAGUGCAGAUUGGAUUUGGAUGUAGAUCCUACAAGACACAUCUUACCUGUCAGUAAAAAAGCUGAAAUAACCUGGCUUCCAGUUGGCAUUGGUGGAGGGAUGGCAGUGUUGAGUGUCCUCUGUAUCAUUGCAUCGGUGGUUGCAUGUGUACAGGCACAAAACAAAACAGAGAAGAGCCUGAAAACUGAUUCACCUGACCAAGAGCUCUUAGAGGAUUCCAGGAUUAUGAUAGUGGAGCAGGAGGAUUGUAGUUUCCACCAUCCUGAGCAGGAACAGGGAGGCAGCUCAGAGUCCAUCAGUACACAAGACUCUGAGAUUAAACUCAUAGUGUGAGUUCAUUGGACAACUCCUGUAUUUUCUUAACUUGCUCUUUCAAUGGAAAUUCUACAAUAACAAGACUACCAGACCGAAAGUCUGAUAGAUUGUGAAAAACCACUUGUAUUGAUCGACUGUAUAUUCCAGCUGCUGUACUGGUUGAUUAAUGGGACCAAAGCCCACAUACUAAACCAAGGUAUUGUUAUUCCUUCUGAAGUACUCAAUAGGUUGUAUGUAACAGUAAUGGCUAACAGUCAUUUUUUUAUUUCAUUUUCUUUUCUUUUUUUUUAAAUGUCAGAACUAUAGUGCCUCUCCAAAAGCACAUGAAAGGUUGUAUCGUAGGUGUCCUGUAGCAGAUGAUGUCAACACUUUUGCGAGAGUAGGUGUAAUCUACUAGCACUUGCAUCACAUUUUCAAGUCAAAACCUUCCCGAAAUACCCUGGUGGGCUUCCCCAGUUGUGGGGGGGUUUUGUUCAAAACAGCACUUUUUUUCAUUCUCCCACAUAUUUAAUUUAUGGAAUCAAGUGGAAAAAGCACUGAGAUGGUUUUACAUGAAAGAACAUAUUUUACUGCACUUGCAUUUGUCCUGUAAUUGGGCUGUUUUUAAUUCAACAUUAUUGUGUUUUUGUCUAGUCUUUAUAAUUUAUUUGUGAAUCAACAUAGAGACUAUUCUUGGUAAAUGUGGCUCACUGAGUCAGACAAUGUUCUUGUCAUGAAGGAAGUAGUACAUAAAUGUCAGCAUUUGCUCUACAGUUGAAACCGGAAUUAACCUCAACAAAAGUGCAAUUUAGUGCAUUCAACGUUACUGUAUGUACAUAAGGAAGUAUAUGGAAUAUAAAUACUUCACUGUGUUGUACAGCUUUUUUUUGUUUGUUUUAUAAUUCCUUUUGGCAGUAAAUGGAAGCAUUAAGUUCACCAGAGGGCCUUAGAAUCCACAUGUUAGGGAUUUUCCUGUAAGUAAAAAAAAUUCCUAAAUUACAGGGAAACAUUUCAGUGAGCUGAAAUCAAACUCUAACAUUGCAAGAAAAUGUAAAUGUAAGAUUUCCUGUAAAUAGUUUCUUAGAUUAUUGGGGAAAUGUCUUGUAGAACGGAGGUCACCGAACCAGUUAUGGACUCAUUCUUCUGGCACUGCAAGAACAACGUAAAUGUCCGAAAAUGAAUUUGAACCAACUAAGAUCUAAGCAGGGACACGUAUCUUAUCAGCAUGAUAAAGUGACUUAGAGGAAGGUCCCUAAUGGCCAGAUUUGAGGACUAUCCACCAGUAGCAUGACCUUCAAUACUUAAAAAGUAAUGGGAAUGAAUCAUCUUGAAUUCCAAGUUUCAGUUCCUCUUAAAUCGCGACUCAUGCAAACACAUGCAAGAACAGUGUUCAAUAAAAAAAAUGUUCAAUAAUUGGCUCCAGAGAAACAAGUGCUGUUGAGGAACAGCUGGCGCGUGAGCAAUGUGAUGACAUCAUUCCAGUCUUUAACAGUCAAACAAGGUCACCCUGUUUAAUGUGAAUGUGUCAUUUUACAAAAUGUGAUUUUACUGUUUUACAAUUUUUUUAUGUCUCCUAUGAAGUAACUUGUUAUAACUCAGGACAAAACUGUCAUGUUCUAUGUUAUGUUGUAAUACA